AUGGAGGCGUCACCCAUCCCCACGGACACGUUUGGCACUCUCUCCCUUUUCUUCUUUGUGUAUCUGUCUGUAUCUUUUGUGAGGUGGUGGAAGAGAGUGAUAUCGUCAUUUUCUCUGUCAAACCUCAAGUUGAGAUAUGGGCAUGGAUUUUUAGAUGUUGAGGCCACUGCUUUCCAAGAAGAAGCUGCUAGUUUCAAUUGCUGCUGGAGUCAAAUUGAAAGAUCUGCAGUUAUGAGCUUGGGAGUGGGUGCAACAGAACAAGAUGGAUCAGUAGGAAAGACGUGGAAAGCUGAUGAAAAAUUGUUUGAUGCAGUUACUGGCGGACCCAAAUUUUUUUUAGCGGAGCAAGAUAAACCUUACCAAGUCUGGUUUACAAGGAAUAAGAUAUAUGGCGCCAUCCCACCUCAAAACAGCUCCCUCUCCAAACUCAUCUAUCUUGAUCUCUCACAUAAUAAAUUGUCAGGAAAAAUCCCACCAGAAAUUGGUUUCCUAACAAAUCUUCAGAACCUGUACCUAUAUACAAACAAGCUAAAUGGCUCAGUUCCUCAAGAAAUAGGCCAGCUUAAGUCUCUUGUUGUUCUAAAUCUCAUGGAGAAUAGACUCAGUGGUCCUCUUCCCAAGUCAAUUGGUAAUUUGAGCAAAUUACAAUUUAUACAACUACGCGAUAGCCAACUCUCAGGUUCCAUUCCUCAAGUGAUAGAAAAUCUCAUGAAUUUGGUUGUGCUGAGACUUGCCAGAAACAACUUCACUGGUCAUUUGCCACAGAACCUCUGCCGAGGUGCAUUGCUUGCAAAUUUCACUGCAAAUGGCAAUCGUCUCAUAGGUCGAAUCCCCGAAAGCUUGAGAAACUGCACAACCUUAUACAGAGUCCGCCUCAAUGGAAACCAACUCACUGGAAAUAUAUCUGAAGAUUUUGGGGUGUAUCCAAACUUGGAUUACAUAAAUCUAAGCAACAAUAGAUUUUAUGGUGAACUUUCACAUAAAUGGGGUAGGUCUCUGCAGCUAACAAACCUUGAGAUUGCAGGGAACAAUAUUACUGGCUCCAUACCACCUGAGAUUGGAAACUUGACUCAACUGCAUUUGCUUAAUCUUUCUUCAAAUCAUUUAGUUGGGAAGAUCCCUAUGGAAUUUGGAAGGCUGACUUCUUUGGUGAAGCUUAUACUGAAUAACAAUCAGCUUUCUGGUGGUAUACCUCAAGAACUUGGAUCACUGACUGACCUUGAGUAUCUUGACCUGUCCACGAACAAACUGAGCCAAUCAAUUCCAAGUAGCCUAGGGAAUUUUGUGAAAAUGCACCACAUGAAUUUGAGCUACAACAAGUUGAGCCAUGGAACCCCAACUAAGUUGGGUAGGUUAGUGCAGCUGUCCGUGCUAGAUUUGAAAGGGAUACCAACUGAAUUUAGCAAGUUGGGUAGCUUGGUGACACUAAAUCUUUCCCACAAUAACUUCUCUGGUGUUAUUCCAGAGAAUUUUGUGGAACUUUGUGGCUUGGAGUUUGUCGACACAUCAUACAAUCAAUUAAGGGGUCCUAUUCCACACAACAAAGCAUUUCAAGAGGCUCCCAUAGAAGCAUUGCAAGGGAACAAAGCUUUGUGUGGCAAUGUUACAGCAUUUAUGCUUACUUUCUAUGGAAUUUUUAUCACUUCGCGAAGAAAAAGGGAAAGCCAACAAGAAGAACAAAGUGACAUUCACCCAAAAGAAUUCGAAUUGCGUGCAAUAUCAAUCUUUGAUGGAAAAGUAUUGUAUGAAGAAAUUAUAAGAGGGACUGAGGAUUUUGAAGCUGCAUAUUGCAUUGGGAGGGGGGCAGUUGGAAGUGUAUACAAAGCAAAGCUGCCCUCAGAUGACUUGGUAGCUGUCAAGAAACUCCACAUUCCAUGUGAUGAAGCUAGGAAAUUGGAUUGGAUUAAAAGGGUGAACAUCAUUAAAGGUGUGGCUCAUGGUUUAUCCUAUAUGCACCAAGAUGUGUCUCUGCCAAUUGUUCAUCGAGACAUAUCCAGCAAGAACAUUUUGCUAGACACUGAAUAUGAGGCUCGCAUUUCAGACUUCGGAAAUGCUAAGAUUCUAGAUUAUGAAUCAUCAAACUGGACUGCGGUUGUAGGCACAAUUGGAUACAUAGCACCAGAGCUUGCUUACACAUUGAAGGUGACAGAGGCAUGUGCCGUCUAUAGUUUUGGGGAGUUAGCUCUUGAAGUGAUUAAAGGAAAGUACCCUACCAAUCUAGUGGGGUCUGCGUUGUCAUCUGCAAUCUGUUGA